UAUUCUAAUGAGAAAAACAUUCGGACGUUUGCAUAGAAAAUCGAUAAUCGAAAUGCACUCGGCAGCUGUGAUGAGUUGAGUAUAAAAAGCACAACUUGCCACAGAUGCAGCAUAUUCCUCUCGCAGUCAUGGAACACAGAGCAUACGCACUCUGGCUUGUUGUGCUCAGCUUGCUGAUCAGCAGCGGUUCAGCCUUCCAGGAGAAGGCUUCGCUGGUGCAGGGACGCAGCGAUGUCCAGGCCGUGCAACAACAACAGCAACAGCAGCAGCAGCAGCAACAACAACAACAGCCGACACAGGCACAACAGCAGCAGGCACAGCAGCUGCUGGUUGAGGAGGGAUUGACCUCGACACGCGGCAUCGAAGAUCAUCUGCUGAAGACUAUCGGUAAGGCUGGCUUCAAAUACUUUGCGCCCACCACAUCGACGACCACAGCGAAACCGGUAGUACAACAUCAACACCAUUACUAUUAUCCUUCAGAGGAGAACCAGCAUUCGCAUUCGCGUCAGUAUGUUCCACCACCACCGCCGCCACCGUCGCGCUACCCCUGGCCCAGUUAUCCGCAACCACCUCCACCACCGCCACCGCAACGUCCCUGGGUGCCACCCUAUAACCCCUGGCCCUAUGGCUGGGGCAACGGAUAUCCCGGCUAUACCCGUUAUCCCGGCUAUCCCAGCUACACCGGCUAUCCCACUUAUCCUGGCUACCCUGUCUAUCCUGGCUACACGGGUUAUCCUGGCUAUCCCUACUAUCCCUACUAUCGCUCCUCGGCCACUGAGGAGACUGACGAAAGUGCCGCUGCGUCCGCUGCUGCUGUGAUGCAGUCCGAGCUCAAUCAACGCUCCAUUCCCGGCAGCUAUCAGGCACGUGUUCUCGCCUCCACCAGCAACCUUGUGGCUGGCAAGUCCAACGGCGAUGUCUUGCCCCUCUAUCAGCUGCUCAAUGUGGCCAGGGUUUAAACGAGACGCCCUUCGUCCAUUUCAUCAAUCAUUUGACUAAUUCAACGAUAAAUAAAUCAAUAUCAUAA